AUGAGCAAGGCGCAGCGAGCAUGUGAUAGUUGCAGGGCGCGCAAAAGUGCAUGCCGCAUCGACUCUGCGCCUCCAUGCCGGCUAUGUCAUCUCUCGGGGCGCGACUGCACAUUUGAGGCCGCACCCAAGAAUACGCGCGCGCUUGCAGCAACCGCAACACAUGUAUCCCUAAACAACUCUACACAAGAGCCAGCUGGCCUAGAAGUCACAAACCAGCAAAGCAACGUUCUGAAUUCGGACGGUGUCUUCUUCGACCAACAAGGCUACCUUAUGCUUGGCGAAUCACCAGAUCCAUCAGCCAACCUUUGGGUUGACCAAGCCAUGAUUGACAUGAAUAUACAGAACUUCAACCACAUCGAUCCUCCGCCGAACGAUGUGUCAAUGGAAUAUCCUGGACUCCCUUCGCCGUCAGCGCAAGGACUUGAGACGACAAGCAUAGUCUGUGGCUUAACAGGGGACAUGGACCCAUGCCUUAUGCAAAGAUAUAAUUUUGGCCCGGAUAAUAACUUUGUUUUCAAACGACUGGCUGUUCGUUCAGUGACGCAGGAUAUCCAUCCAGUUCAACUCCUAGUCUCAAAUGUUCCAGAUAUGGCGGAGGAGUGUGACCCACACAAUCAUUCUUUUCGCAAACAGCUAGAGACGCUUGUGACUCCUGAUGUGGGUGUCAGGUUGAUUUCUUUAUUCUUUCAAUUUGUGUACCCUCAUUUCCCAAUACUUCCUCCAGCGCAAUCAGCAGAGCCUGACCGAUCAAAUCCCUCUACUCUUGCCGCAAUAUAUUUGGUUACACUACCAUUCGCCGGCUUCGACGACUAUCUCUCCGUUCAGAUAGCAUACGAUCUUCCCGAUGCAGAAAAGCUAUGGAACCUUGCCUUGAAUGUACUGUAUCAGGAGCUGCAUAGGCCGGACAUUUCCACACUACAAACGUUGGUCUUACUGCUAAUUUCGCCUCCGCAUAAGCCUCUCAUGCCAGAUUAUGCGACAAAGUGGUCGCUUGUUGGCGCAAUGGUGACUGUUUCACAAACACUGGGCUUGCACUUUAACCCCACCUUUUGGAGCAUAUCAUCUGCCGAGAUAGAGCUGAGAAAGCGGUUGUCGUGGACUGUCAAGAUGAUUGAUGUCUGGCAUGCUGCUGUCUUGGGUCGGAGCUGCCUCAUACAUGAUGAGGAUUGGCUCAUCCCGCCACCAUCUUUGGACGAUUUUUUGGAAGAAGAAAGAAAAACGCUAUUUCCUGCGCACUUCAUUCGUAUGUAUGAACUUACAAUCAUUCUGCAUACAACUCUAAAAACACUUUUCACUCUCAAAGCGGUCCAAAAUCUUGCAGGAGACUACGAAGACACAUUAAGGAAAGCGCAAGGCCUGAUGGAGGAACUCAAUUGCUGGAAUAGCGCUACUGCCGACAGCCAGUCUGAGUCACAAGACGAGGGCUUCAAUUCAUCAGGUCCGUUACUUCUCGGAGGCCAUUUUGUCAAAGUACUACUCUUUCGAGCUAUACUCAGGCCCUUCAAUGCUUUGAGGCACAGAAGAGUGCCAAACAGUUCUCCUGACGAGCAUCGGGAGCUUGAAGCGUGCCGACUGGCACGAGCUGGCGCGAAAGGUUGCGUCACCAGCUUCGUAGCAUUUACGUCCAAUCUAAAGAUCAGCUGGAUUCACGGAUUCUGGCCUUUUUGGUGCACGCUGGGCUGGUCAACAUUGUGCAAUCUCGCUCUUUUGCUUCACGUGACAGCAGAUAGUCCCGAAGAGGCACGAGAGUGCAGGGCCCUUCUCGACCAGGCCCGAAGAUCUGUCCGAUUACAAUCGAAAUCACUGGAUAUUCUGAAAUUCUCAUUACUGCGCAUUGAUUCAAUCUUCUGGAAAGGUUUAGAAAAUGUUUUUAUAAGAAACGAAACCGCAGGAAGCAAGGGUUUUGGACAAGAACAAUAUGAAGGGCAGCUGUAG